AUGUCUGAACAAAUAAGCCUGGCAGGCUAUCUCUUCAAACGUCUUCAGCAGGCUGGCUUGCACGCCGUGCACGGCGUUUCCGGACUGUACAACAUUGGAUUGACGAGAGAAGCCUAUCACGCGGGACUAGAAUGGUCUACACACCACAACGAACUCAAUGCAGCCCUUGCUGCAGAUGGAUAUGCACGAGUCAAGGGUAUCAGUGUGCUGUUACUCUCAUAUGGAUUUGAUAAUUCAUCCGAGGAAAUGCUAUCCACAGUCUCGUUGGCGAUCACUGCGUCAUACGAGGAUAGCAUCCCAAUCGUGCUUGUGUUUGGAACCCCAGAACGCAAGGCGCAAAUUCAAGCUUCCCGGCACCACAACUCCUUCUUUAAGGCCCAGCCCGAUGUUCUCCGGCAGCAUGAUAUCUUUGAAGUACUCGCCGACUGCUUCGACAAAAUCACUAUCACCCAGGAAUUUAUCGUGGAUCCUAAAGAUGCAAUUUCCCAGAUUGAUACCGCUAUUCGGGGAUGCAUCAUUCAAUCUCGACCCGUCUACCUCGAAAUUCCGAUUGAUCUGGUUGAAAGUAUGCUACCGUCCCAGGAACUUACUCAGCCCUUGGACUUCAAUGUUCCACCCAACGAUAUUGAGUUGGAGAGAAUGGUAACGACAAUUAUUGUGGACAAGAUCAAACAGGCAGUGCGCCCAUUGAUUCUUGUGGAUGGGGGUGUUACCUCCUGUGGUCUUCUAAAGGAAGCAAACCGUCUAGCAAGGCAGACUAGAUUUCCAACGGCGGCCACCCAAUUCAGUAGAGGUUUCAUGGAUGAGACGCUUCACAACUUCCACGGAGAAAUCUCAGAUUUUGAUGAACACGGGACAUAUUUCACAUCCUCCGACCUGAUCCUCUAUCUCGGGCCCUCGAAUAUCAUAGAUUGGAUUUAUCCCGCCUUGCUCGAGUCCAAGAAACCGGGAACUAUCUACUUCAACAGGGAUUCUGUCUUUAUCGGGGACCAGAAAUACGAACUUAGCUCCAAAUCUGUGGUUCAACAAAUUCUGAGCUCUCUGAGCGAGAUGGAACUGCCUAGCCUCGCACCCUACCCCGACCUGUCCAAUCUUCGUGACAGCCUUGAGAUACUUCCAACUCAACAAAAUACUGGACUUCUUCGAUACGACGCCUACUAUACAUUUUGGCGGCGGAUGUCUCUCUCCUUUCGUUCGGGUGACAAAAUCUUGAUCGAGGUCAAUACAUCCCAAGAUGGAGCACGUUGUUUUGUUUUGCCACGCGAUACAACUGUGAUCAAUUAUGGUCCCAAGAAGUUACCCGAAUACAUGCUUGCUAUCGCUUCGGGUAUCGCUUCGGCACAACAGGGCCUUGCGAAAAUAAACCGCAUCUCUACGUGCAGGCGAACAAUUGUCUUCCUAGGAAUUAAGGGGUUCCAAAAGGCGCAACAAGCCUUGGAGACCAUUGUCACGCAGAAAGUGAAUCUCAUUAUCUUUGUGAUCAACAAAAAAGCACCUAUGGUUGAAAGCCUGAUGCACGCAAUUGAAGCCAACCAUUAUGAUUCGAGUUGCUGGCAAUACUCAGAAUCCAUUUCUUUCUUUGGGGCUCCGAAGGACACUCCUUAUCCAGUCUGUAUUACCAUUGCCAGAACAUGGGGUGAACUCGAUACUAUUCUUGAUGGCAAUCGGAUCCAAUCCGGCAUAGGAUUGCACAUUGUGGAGUUGAUGAUUCAACCUAGAGAUCGAAGGGUACCUCUUCUCAGUGAAAAGUAUGGUGAGCCUCCGAGCUCUCUUUCCCCAAAGAAACAUCGCCUCAAGCAAGAUUGA